UAUAUACAUAUACUAACAGAAUUGCUGAAUCGCAAAACUAAUACUAUUAACCAAGACUUAAAAUAUAUAUUUUUUGUGUUCUUUUUAAUUCUAAGUAACUUAAUAAUAAUACCAUUUAAUUUAAAUCGGGGAAAAAGAUGCCACCAGUCGCUUUGUACUUUGAAUCAAGCGUUCGAAGCCUCACUUCAAGCUUCAUAUCCUCCAAUUUGUGGCAAUGUAAUGAAAAUGAUUCGGACUUGUGUCUACGAACUCAAUACGAAUUAUUUUUUAAAGAAAUGACUCAAACUGUUACAAAACUUGAGAGAACAUUAAUUGCGGGUUAUAGGAAUUUUACUAAACUAAAAACAAACUUUCUGCAACUGUCUGAUAAAAUAAGAAAAUUGGACAAAUCGCUAAAACAAGAAAAACAAUGGAAUCGUCUUCUUCUAGAAGCUAUUCUUAGCAGAGACUACUUAUUUGCAAUACAUAAACAACCAGAAGAAUUAGCACAAAAUGAAUUUAUGAAGCACUUAAACACUGAGAUUAAACGUAUGUGCCUGCGUCAGUUCAGCCCAUCUAUAAUUCAAACACUCAUAAGCGCAAGAGAUAAUGAGCCGUUGAUGGCCUUUAAGCAAUUUGAAGACAAACUUAAUAACGAAAAUUUAAUAAAUACAAAGUAUAUUAAAGAAGAUCUAACAGAAAAGUGGCGACACAUAGUCGUAGAAUACCAGUUUGUUCAAAAUCUUUUUGAAGAUAUAUGUCGGAAAUAUUUCCGUCUUCAACUGAAGAAAAAUCAAGAGAUUCAGGAUUUGAAUGAUGCUUUAAAUUAUGCUUGCGAUUGCAUUAUAACUGCGCAAACUAUGUCCUACAAUUCAAGAAAAAAAUGGAGGAAUAAAGAUCUAUUCUAUAAGAAAUUAUCUGUGUUUAUAAAAUCAUUACAAACAUGCAAAACUAAAUAUACUUCCAAGUUUUAUACAUAGAAUUUUAGAAAUAAAUAUUUAAU